AUCAUGGGAAUAAUAGUAAAAUGGAGGUGCCCGUAUGGCAUGCAUGACUUUAUACAUGUCGACGCUUUAAAACGUGAAUUUCGAUUUGUCUAUAGUUAAUGAACAGCUAUUAAUGCGGCCCUUUGUUUUGUAUUAGAUUUGUAUUACCAUAUUAGCUUGACGACUACAAGGUCAUAAAGACGUGCAACGCUUCAGGUGAGCCAUGUCUCUGUUGAGAGGGUGGCUGAAGGCUGGGGUGUCUCUUUGCCACUCCACACUACAAACAACCAGACAGAUAGGCACUGGUGUGUGCUGUCCAGUCCGUAUGAAUGCCAUUCCUGAGCUGAAGAAGGUGGACAGGUGGACUGAGAAGAGGAGCAUGUUUGGGGUUUAUGACAACAUAGGAAUUUUAGGUGACUUCAAAGCCCACCCUAAGGAUCUGAUCAUCGGGCCGGUCUGGGUGAAGGGUUUCCGUGGCAAUGAGCUGCAGCGUCUGACGAGGAAGAAGAGGAUGGUAGGAGACAGGAUGAUGAUGCAGGACAAACAUGAUAUGGAGAAGAGGAUCCGCUUCCUCUAUCGACACUUCAACCGCUUUGGGAAACAUCGCUGAUCUGAUCUGGGACUGAGCGGUCUGGCUAACAAUGCUAAACGACUACUGUACUAACACCUGCCCACUGGACCACAUUCAGACUCUAAAGAGAGAAAUGUGAGCUACUCAGUUAUGCCACUUAGAUUUAUAUCAGCCCCUUAUUUUCACCAUUUGGUAAGAGGAAGCUGAUUGUACAUUUUCUGUUAAGUUGACAGCUGGAAAAUGUUGGAUUCAUUUAGUAUUGUACUAAAUCAACACGCACAUCUGUAAAAUACAUGUUUUGAACCACACAAAAAUGUGAUGCUCUAUGGUCGGUUAAUAUUAUCACAUUGGGGACUAAUGUAAGUCAUGUUGUGGGUAUACCAUGUGUUGUGUAAGAUGAUAAUAAACAGAAGCUCAUUACA